AAGUGAAGAUGACAGCAGCUGCACUGCAUAGGCGAGGUAGCAGUAGAGAAGGAGAUUGACGGCCAUAGACGCGCACGCACGCACACGCACCCAUGACGCGAAGCGAGGAGAGGCGCAUGCAGGAAGCCUUGCUCGCAUCCUCCUCUGCAUCUUGCGCCUUACCGCCACCGCCACCGCCACCGCCACCGCUGCCGCCUUCCUCCUUUGCUGCGCCGGCUUGUGCUCGUGUCGGCGGGAUGGACGCUCAACAAGGACGACCGAUCCCGCAGCAGCAGGAGCACGCAGCUACGCUUGGCCCAGGAGGACUCAUGACGCCUGCUGCGUCUACCCUCGGUUCGGACUCCCACGCGUUUGCUGCCGCCUGCGGCAGCAACAAGGCAGGAGCCACUAGCACUGUGAGCAACGGCGCGCACAAGGCAUUCGACCUGAUGCAGCUGGACAGCGACGAUGGUGUAGUGGCCAUGCGCAGCCAAAUACCUGCAGUGGCAGAGGAAAUACCUGGAAUUCUUCGAGACCCGCACAGAACUGCCUUGGCAACAGCAGCCACAACAACAGGAGGGGGUUUGGACUCGCAGUUGCUGCUAGCGGCUGCACGAGCACGAGCACCAGUAGCAGGAACAGCAGCGGUAGCAGAGCAACAACCUUCAACUUUCCAAACGCAUUCGCGUGCAUCUUCUAACGCGCAUACACUUCCAGAGACACAGCCAGUCUCCAUUCCCGACAGUCAGGAAGCACUGCAAACAGCGGAGAUGGCAUCGUCUCCAUCACCGCCCCCACCACCGCCGUCCUCGGAUUUGUCUUUGUCUUCUGCAUCUGUGGCGCCAACGGAAUUCCAGGCGCAGGUAGACGAGGCGAAGAGCACGGCGAGCACGAUGGCAAGACGCCGGUGCGCUGGACGUGCGCUCACCUCGCCGGCUGCGCAACGACCCGAACGCCAACGACAGCAGAAGCAAGGCAUUAUCAGUGCGGAUAAAAGGGCCCACGAUAUUCCGGCUGUAGCCGUUGCAGAUAACGUCGAUGAUGAAGAUCACCUCAGAAAAUUCGAAGAAGACGAUACAAGAACUGCGUCACACAACUCAGGCAGCAUGGUUUCCCUUGCGCCCGCCUUUGUUACGCGAGCACAGACUUCGUCUUGGCUACCCGCUGUCGACAAGAGCAAAUUCACCAAGUCCGCUUUCCCUGCGGCGGCUGGGAGGAGAGGAGAUCGAAACACAGCCAGGCGGCGUGCGAUGUUGAACAGCGACGAUGAAGAUGAUAUGGGGAUUGGUGGAGGGGACGAAGGGAAGCGGCAGGUGUUCAAGGACGAGCACAUGAUGAAGGAGCAACACGAUGACGAAGACACGAGGAACAGCAAGGGAGCGGCUGAGGCAAAGGGCAAAGGCAGGGGCAAGGCCGCAUCCUCAGCGCGAGCAAAUACAGCUCCGAGCAUGCGAAGCGCGCCCACCCGCGGUUCCACUGGCCGAGAGCAUGUGAAUGCAGAUACAGAGGCGGCCGUCAUCGAGAUUGGCAUGCUCGACGCUGCCGCUGCUCUUGGCUACGCAGGCUCGGACAGCACCUUCGACGGCUGGGCGCCCUCCAAGAGGCGCGGAAAAGUUAAGGCGAAGGAGAAGGCACAGGCGGAAGGCAAAUGGAAAGGAAAAGGCAAGGCGGCCGCUGAAGAUGACGAGAAUGCUGUUGCUGGUCCUGCAGCUACAGAGAAGGGCAAGGAAACUCCUCUGCAGCGGGCUACUCGUAAAGCCGACGCCACCGCGUUUCCGGGAGAAGAGGAGGACGAAAAUGAAGAAGAAGACGACGACGACGACGACCAGCCACACAAACAACAGUCACAACAACAACACCAGCAACUACAGGUUGCAAGAGACACUCAGCUUGCAUGCGAACCACCGCCGUGCACUCGCGCUGCUGCCAGCGCCAACGCUAGUGCUGCGAAGAGAAGCAGGACCGCUCCGUUGCUGAAUCCAACACUGAGCUUGCGUCGCAAUGACAACAAGAAGAGAAGCAAGGGCGAGAGCAUGGGUGACGCAAAAGACACAAGGGCAAAUCAGGCUGAUAAAUGUGUUGACGAGAGUGAGGAUGAAGAGGAGGAAGAGAAGCUAGAUGCCACAAAGGACCCGUCGUAUCGUUUAGGGGAGAAGGCUGCAGACACUGGCACGGCGCCUUCAAGGUCGGCUGCUGCGAGUGCGAAUGAUGAUACGCCACGCGCUGCGCGUGCGGGAACGGGGACUGUUGCAGUGGCUGCCGCGGCAGGCACACAACACGUUACGCAGACACAAAAGAAAGCGUCUUUCUACGGUCGAUCUUUGCUCUCAAUGCUCUCACCCGGAAGCGCCCGCCGCCCGGGCCUUGGCAAGCGCAUCUCGAUUGCGCCGCUGCACCCGGACCGCAAGCCACUGCACGAGGUGCAGAAGAAGUUCGUAACCGUUUGCAGGGGCAAGCUUGCCAAGGGUAAAAGCGCCACGACUGGGGCAACCAAAGAGAUGUUCAGACGGAAGAAGAAGCACGGCCUGGAAGAUGAAACGCCCAGUCAACGCGCAGACCGCAAGCGCCAGGAGGCCGAGGUGGGAGUUUUCGACGAGACGAGCGAGGAGGAGGUCGCGCUCAGCUCGGACGCGAAGUUUGGAUCAGAACAAGACGAAAACAAUGUUACCGAGCAAAGAGCUUCUAUUGCCACUGGAGGGAAACGCAAGAGGGUGUACAGCGAUUGCGAUACAGAUGAAGAGGAGGAGAGGCUGAAAGAGGAGAAAAAGAAGAUGUUCAUGGAGGUAGACGAAGGGUACGCUUGAACCAACGUCCAGGAAGGCAGGAGGCGCAGAAGAAGUACAAAGUCCGUGAUCUUUCCGUCGUCAUUGUUGUAACCCCCCUUGGCUAUUGUACAGCAAGCUGCACCCAUUGCUUGCGGCCAGUUCGACCCUCAUCACUCUUCAUCCUCGAACGGAUUCGCGACAUACUCGAGAUCAGAAUCCGAGCCAU